AUGGCCCUGCUGAUCUACUCACUCAUAUUCUUGUUCAUUAUCAACUAUGCCACGGGAUCGUCGGUCCUACCAUUAUCAUCAUUGACAUCGUCUUCAUCGGCAUCGUGGUCGAAAACCCACUUCACUGUAUUAGACAGCCCAAAAUCUGAUGGUGAAUUCCCAAGAGCUAACUCUGUAGCAGUGCUCAUUGGUACUGCUCGAGAUGGAAACACUUUUCCUGGUCCAGCACGACCCUUUGGAUACGCCAAAGUCGGUCCCGAUAUGGACAGAGCGACAACAGAAGAACCGAAUAACACACCAGGCGGUUAUAGAAAGCACGGGUUAAUAGAGGCCUUCACUUUAAUGCAUGCAUCUGGGAGUGGUGACGUGGGCAGCUGGGAAACCGUAAAUAUAAUGCCAGUGACUGGAUUAGAUAUGACAGUCAAGAACAAACCAAUAUCAAUCCCAAAAUACUCGAGAAUUAAUGAAUCUCUUGCACUGGGUUAUUAUUCGACGAUAUUAAAGGAAUCGAUGACUAGAGUCGAGAUUGCUUCGACUGAACGUACAGCUAUUUUUCGAUACACUUGGUCAGUAGAUGAUACAGUACACGUUGUUGCUGAUCUGGGUGCAGGACCUAAUCCAGUUGGUGGCCACGUCGAGAUCGUGAAUGGAACUACCCUGACCGAUGGAUGGUCCACCGGAGGCCUCGGCGCCACAAAAGGGUACUUCGAUGUUUGUAUCUGUGCUCAAUUCGACGGACCAGAAUCUGUAAUUGCCAAAGCCAUCGAUACAGGUGUACCCACUGCUGUGAGGCAGCCUCAUUCUGAUACUCGAUAUCCAGUCGGCUACUUUGAAAUGAAGGUCUGGGAAGAGGCACUAUCGCCCAUAACCUUGAUUGGUGCCACAAAACAGCAAGAAGUGAUGAUAUAUAGCUCGCUAUAUCGCACCAUGUUAGUACCUACAAAUCGUACAGGCGAUAAUCCCAGAUGGGAGAAUGACGAGUUUUAUUUCGAUGAGACAACAUUUCCACUAAUGUUGCUUCUACGACCAGCUGUGCACUCUCAAUUUUUGAGGGCUCUAGCCGAUAUUGGAUAUCAUGACUCUUAUAUUCCUGAUUGUCGUGUUGCUGAUAACAAUGGUCGAACUCAGGCUGGCAGUAAUGGUGUCGUUGUAUUUGCUGAUGCUGCAGUUAAAGGUGUUGGUGCUGAUGGUGUUGAUUGGAGGGAAGCCUUCAAGAGUAUGAUCCGUGACGCUGAAGAGCCUCCACAAGAGUGGCUGUAUGAAGGUCGUGGUGACAUCAAGCAGACUAAUGCACUUGGUUACGUUCCUUCAUAUUUGGGACAAGCUGAUUGGUAUCAUCGCGCAUGUGUUCGCACACUCGAAUACUCGUAUAAUGAUUUUAGUAUUGCUCAAGUUGCUCGUCUCGUCAACGACACUCAAUCCCACUACAAGUACUCAUUUCGAUCAUUGAAUUGGCGUAAUUUGUGGGAUGAUAGUAUUAAAAGUGUCGGUGACAUUCAGGGGUUUAUUGCUCCACGAGGGCCAGAUGGUCAAUGGAUAUCAGCGUUUCGUGAUCCAACGCUGUGUUCCUUGGCCAACCCACACAAGGACUGCACAAUGUGGAAUGCAGAAUUUUAUGAGGCAUCUUCUUGGACAUAUAGUUUCUAUGCUCCUCAUGAUAUGCCCGCUCUGGUCAAACUCUCUGGCGGGCCAGAAGAGUUUGUGAGGCGUAUCGACGUGUUUCUAGACUCACCUGGACUAUUCGAUAUUGGUAACGAACCAGCCUUUUUGAUUCCAUAUCUUUACAAUUAUGCGGGUCGACCAGAUAAGACAGCUGAACGAGUCCGACAUAUUUUGGCACAUAACUUCAGCAUUGAACCUGAUGGUCUGCCUGGAAAUGAUGACGCUGGGUCUAUGGGAUCGUGGGUCAUAUUUGGAAUGAUUGGAAUUUUCCCUGUCGCUGGACAAGAUCUGUAUCUGAUAGGCUCGCCAAGUAUUCCGGAAGUCAAUCUACGACCAGAUAACCGACGCGAUAGUGGUGUCGAUAUCAUCGCUCACGGUGCUUCUCCAGAGAACAUUUACAUUCAAAAGGCGAAGUUGAAUGGAAAAAAUUUCAACAAUAGCUGGAUUCGGCAUACAGAGCUCGUGUUGCCUGGUCAAAUCAAUAAGGUUGAAUUUUGGAUGGGAGCGAGUCCUUCUAAAUGGGGGACUAGUGUUCCACCGUCACUUCAUCCUCAUGAGGAGUAUAUAGUUUAUGGCCAACGUCAAGUGGUUGCGUUGCAGAAUAUCAUAGCAUAA